GUUUACUCAACAAAAAGGCAGAUGGAGUCAAGCCCCAGACAAACAACACUAAAACAGUGUAGUGAGCGCUGUAGUGAACGCCAUGAAAGAAAGCAACACGGCCUCUUCUACACCGAUGGAGCCACAAACUACAGUUGUGCACAACCCUGCCGAUGGCCCCAAGGGCUCCACAGAGAGCUGUAACACCAACGAGGAAGAGGAUAUGAAAGGUAGGAAAGCCGAGAGUGCGCAGGGAACGAGCAGUGACAGUGCCGUGAUGAGUCAGUGCAGUGCCGGGGAAGAGCUGCCCGCUCUGUUGGCUUCACCUCAGGGUUCUCCUGCCACUCGCAAGCAGGAGAUUAUAAAGAUCACGGAGCAGUUAAUCGAGGCUGUCAACAAUGGAGACUUUGAAGCAUACACAAGAAUCUGUGACCCUGGUCUGACUUCUUUUGAGCCUGAAGCUCUGGGGAACCUGGUCGAGGGCAUGGAUUUCCACAAGUUCUACUUUGAGCACUUGCUGAGUAAGAACAACAAGCCUGUGCACACCACUAUCCUCAAUCCUCAUGUUCAUCUCAUCGGGGAGGACGCUGCCUGCAUCGCAUAUAUCCGGCUGACGCAGUACAUCGACAGCCAGGGCCGCCCACGUAGCUGCCAGUCGGAGGAGACACGCGUGUGGCAUCGCCGUGACGCCAAGUGGCUUAACGUCCACUUCCACUGCUCAGGGGCACCAGCCGCCCCCUUACAGUGAACCACACAGGACAGCUUACCUGGAUUCUCAAGAUAAUGGGAAUGUUUCUUCUUUGUGGCUGGACGGGCACGUGAAGGCCAGCUGGAUGACAGCUCUUAAAGUUACAGACACACCAGUGAGGAACUCUGACAACAUCCAGUUCAACAGUCAACACCACUUAUCCUGUCCAAUCUUUGACCAACGGGAGCUGGCCGCGGCUGUGGCCCCGCCCAAGGGACGGUGCAUGUAUCUGACACCCACAUGGGGGUGCUGUUUUGUCCUUUUCCCACGGAACCAUCUUUUUUUGCCCGUUAAAGAUGUUCAGAAGGUGUUGUAAGUACUGAUCUGUGAAAUCAUAAAUAUACGAUAUAUUGUAAAAAUCACUAGCUGAACCAGAAGCUACAAUCCGGUUUGAAAAUCAUAUAUGUAAGUAAUCCAAGGCGGGAGUUGGGAGGGUGGGGGUGCUCAACUUAACAAAAUUACAAAAUGUGCCCAAAAAAAUGCUAAGGUUUACAAGUUUUGUCUUCACAGUCCUUCUUGUAUACUUUGCAGCUUUUUGGAUACAAAAUCAAUUAAGGGAAGGGGUCGACUAAUCCGAGAGCAAGGCAGUGAAAAUGUUCAGAAGUUCUUCAUAUCGAAAAAAAGAACCAAAGUGUAGUUUUUAGUCUUUUUAAGGAUUGUUUCUGUUUGGUGUUGGCUUUUUAUGUAACCCGGGUCUAAGAGAAGGUUUGUACUGCCCAGGUUUUAGUAAUCUCUUAUGUUAAUGUGGAACUCUUCAAUUUCCUUUUUUUUUUUUUUUUUUUCAUGGACUGACAUAACACAAGUAUUUUGUGUUCAUUUCGAAUUUUUAAGACUGUUUUAUUUUUUAAGUUAAUCUAAAUAAACAUAGGAUAUACAUGAAAUAUUUAAAGGAGAUAUAAAUGUUCGCCAUCCAGGUUUAGGAAAAGAUGUCGUUCCUGACUGUGCUUGAUACGUUUGUGUGGGUGCGUGUGUGAGAUAUGAACUUGUAUAAAUUGUAUCCCCCAUUUAGAUUUAGUAUAACAAAAGCUCAAGUGAACCGAACACAACCGAACGCAACCGAACACCGACCAGUAGAUUCACCCUUGUCGUUUUGUUAGCGUCGUAGACAAACCACUGCAGGACGUACUGUGAUAGUCAGACAUAAACUUCUCUCCAGUUUCUGAACUCGGCGACUGAAUCUUCAGAUCUGAGCUCAAAGGAGGACUAGUCGUUUUUACAAACUACAUCAUGGUGAAAAUAGCUUCAGUAGUCGAGUAUGUUGUGAUUGAGUCUCGUCGUCUUUUCUUCCACUCAUUGUAAAAGUACUCCGUUGUUUUAGUAACGUUAGACUCACCCUGUCCUCAGUGUUGUCUUAGUCGUGGUUCGUGACGGUGGGGGGGGACAUGCUCUGUAAAUACAUGUCGUUUAGUUCAUCCAAUCACAAGGAGCGCGUGGGAAAAACGCAAACUCGUCCAGUUGCCAUAGUUAUGUUAAAAUCAUAGUUUUAAUGUUUGUACGAUUACAAUUCACAGUGGUUUAAGAUUUCCCCACAAACUAUAUUACGCAGGUUUUAUAGCACUCAUAAACUGCGUUUUAAUUUGAUGGUUUGAUAGUCACGAGUGGUUCAUCUAUUAAGUUCAUCUGUAGUUGCACGAAUGCUUUUCGUCACUGCUAUGGUUUUGUUUUUAGAUCUAUAUUAGUGUAGGUUUGUUUUAGGCAAUAUAUUAUGUGUGGAAAAAAACAAACUACGAGUUCACCCCAUCUUCUUGGAACACAUGAGUUUUUUGUAUGGGUCUGUAAAUACAUGUAGUGUUUGCACACCCUGGGCUUGGUGACAUAUCAGGACUAUACAUCCGCACGUGUGUAAGUGUGUGCACGCGCUUAUCACCUUUACAAUGGUAGUGAUGCUGUUAGAUUAUAUGUGAUGAUGCUGUUUUCAUGUCUUGUGCUGAUUUCUUGCAUUUUUUUUGUUUGUUUGUUUUAUUUUCUAAUCGCUGAUUUCUUUUUCCUUUGUUUGUGCUAUUGGGAACUGCUGCCUUGCCUGGCCAAACUAGAUUACACGUUUUAUGAUUUUUAUUUUUACUUAAAUGCAUCCUUUUUCUGUACAUGAGUGACAUCUUCAGCUCCAUGAAAAUGAAAAAGAUUGAGAUGGCUAUGAGGAGUCACAAGCUAAUAGAUUUAGAUUUAGUGAAAUAAAUAUCCCACCCCUGAAAGCUUGGUCUGAAUCCUGGGCCAGACGGCGAACGUAUGAGUCUUCUGGCCCACCCGUCCAAUGACAGGAGAAAUCAAAGACGCAGUUGAAAUAAACUGCUGAAUAUGCAUGUAUACUUUUCUCGGUAAAUAUUUUUUUUUCCACUGUCUGUGUUUACUUAUUAAUAAAGGGAAAAAAAUCUCAUAGUAUUUGCAUCUCGACAUGAAAAUCACUCCAUUGGGAAAUAUAAGUGAUGUACCAUGUAAAAAAAAAAAAAAACAAAGACAAAAAAAGUAGAAAAUAGUGAAAAUAUAUAAAACAAAAGCCUCUGCUUGGUAUGCUCCCCUCAUUCUAAGUAAAUCUAUUGCAUUGUAAUGGUAUACUAUUGGGCUUCGUAUAUACUUGGAGUUUAAACAUGGAUGCUGGAUUUUUGCAUGAUCAUACAUUUAAUAAAACCAUGAAAUGACAACUAUCAAGUGUUUGUCUGAAUGUUAGUAGGUCUUCAUCAUAGCUUUGUUAUUAUUGAAACUUGAUCUGGAAAGUAUUUAAUAAAAAGAGCAUUUCUGCAG